AAGUAACAGCUCAGCUUCUUUCUGGAAUCAGAAGUUUACUGUUUUAUAACUUUUACCUGUUGCUCUCACUUUAGGGACCCCACUUUCCCUCUUCUUAUUCGAAUGCUUGCAGCAGCAAGAGCAUAUUCAUUAUUCAACAUGGUGAUGGAUUCAAGAAGUAGCACUAUGAAAUUUUACAUUCUUGCUUUACACACAUUUCAAUUGCUAGCCUCAAGCCCCUUUGGUCUAUGUGAUAGAGCCGGGAUAAAUCCUGGCUUUGGACUGCACAGGAAAGUAAGACUGCUGCAGGUUGGAUCAACCAGUCCAGAGAACCCUUUUCCAUAUGGAAUAUACACUUCCCCUCCUCUGCUUUCAGGAGCUGUACCACCACCAACUCCAGGGAACUCUCCUAAUCCAUAUGGGAUAUUCACUCCUUCUCCUCCUACUCCUUCAGGGGCAAUGCCACCGCCAUUACAAUCCACUUCUGCACCGCCACCAUCUCCUCCUACUCCUUCAGGGGCUAUGCCACCACCUUUACUUUCCAUUUCCCCGCCGCCACCAUCUCCUCCUACUCCUUCAGGGGCUGUGCCACCACCUUUACUUUCCAUUUCCCCGCCACCCCCAUCUCCAAAUGCACAAAGUCCACAGCAUAAUGCACCUAAGCAGCCACCACCGAAUAGUCAUUCAUCGCCACCACCACCAGCUCCUAAUAAGAAACCUGAGAAUGCAGUUUGGUGCGUGGCUAAGCCAACAGUACCAGCAGACUUGAUUCAACAGGCACUGGACUAUGCUUGUGGUUCUGGGGCUGGUUGUGAUGCCAUACAGCCCAAUGGGGCGUGCUACCAACCGGCUACGUUGCUUUCUCAUGCUUCUUACGCUUUCAACAGCUACUGGCAGAAGAAAAAACAGGGCGGAGGGACUUGUGACUUUGGAGGAACUGCUAUGCUCGUCACUGUUGAUCCAAGUUAUGAUCAGUGCCGUUUCACAUGCAACUGAUUGUGGAAGACAACAUUUGAGAUUGAGAGGACCCCAAGACCGGAUAGGCAGAUAUUUGCAUAUGUUAUUUUACUACGAGGGACUGAUGUAACCUCAUACGAUUCUUGUCUGUUUUUUCUCUUUUUUAUUUGUUCUUUUAAAAGAACUCUAUGGUGAUGUACUACUUCUUCACAAUUAAAUGGGACAUAAUAGAUGACCCUUAAAUUUUUGCCAACUUCUGUCAAUAAUGAACAAUGAAGCA